AUGAAGGUUGAAGAAAAGCUUGAGGACAAAGGGAGCCUGGCAGGAAGGUGUCGAGUGCACCUAGACGGGAUGCACCAGGCCAAUGGGAAACCAAUAGCCAAUGGGAAAACGGAUGGCUGUGGAAAGCAGGAAGCGAACGGCAAGAGCAAUGGGCUCAGGGAAAGUCUCAACAGGUACACCUGGCAAGAGAUCCAGAGGCACAAUCAGGAGAACGACCAGUGGCUGGUAAUCCAUCGAAAAGUUUAUAAUGUUACUGACUGGGCCAAAAGGCAUCCUGGUGGGCACCGGGUCCUCAACCACUAUGCUGGGGAAGACGCCACGGAUGCCUUCAGGGCCAUGCACCUGGAGCUUGACAUUGUGAAGCUGUACCUGAAGCCGUUGCUUAUUGGAGAGCUUGCUCCAGGAGAGCCCAACCAGGAGAGAAACAAAAACUCCCAGCUGGUGGAAGAUUUCCAAGAACUGCGCAGGACGUUGGAAGCUUCGAACAUGUUCAGGGCCAACCUGUGGUUCUUCUCUCUCCACCUCAUCCAGAUCUUGAUUUUGGAAGUCCUGGCAUGGCUGAUACUGUGUCAUUUUGGCAAUGGAUGGACUGUCACAUUGUUCAUCUCCUUUCUUCUCACAGUGUCUCAGGCUCAGAGUUCAUUUCUGCAGCAUGACAUAGGACACCUUUCCAUGUUUAAGAAGUCCAAGUGGAACCACCUGAUGCACAAGUUUGUGAUGUGUCAUCUCAAGGGCCUGUCAGCAAACUGGUGGAACUACCGACACUUCCAACAUCAUGUAAAACCAAACAUCUACCCCAAAGAUCCAGAUAUUGACAUGGGCCCGCUUUUUCUGCUUGGAGAUUCACAGCCCGUCAAGUAUGGCAAGAAGAAAAUCAAGUACAUCAACUAUGAAAAGCAGCACCUGUACUUCUACUGGGUUGGGCUCCCCCUCCUCAUGCCUGUGUAUUUCAAUCUGCAAUCCAUGCAAGUGAUGUACCUUCGAAGGUAUUGGGUGGACAUUGCCUGGGUCAGCAGCUUUUAUAUCCGCCAUUUCAUCACAUUUGGCCCUUUCUAUGGAAUUUUUGGAACUGUGUUGCUCAUUUAUUUGGUCAAGUUUCUUGAAAGUCCCUGGAUUGCAUAUGUUACCCAGAUGAGCCACAUACCAAUGAAAAUGAGCACAGAGGAGAAUCGCGACUGGCUCAGUACUCAGGUCUUGGCCACCUGUAAUAUUGAACAGUCUUUUUUCAAUGACUGGUUCACAGGACAUCUGAACUUCCAAAUCGAACACCAUUUGUUCCCCACAAUGCCACGCCAUAACUAUCACAAAGUGGCACCCCUGGUGAGGUCACUGUGCACCAAGCACGGAUUGAAGUAUGUGAAUAAGCCCAUGUUGAAGGCAUUUGGAGAUAUCAUCAGGGCCUUGAAGAAAUCUGCAGCCCUCUGGAUGGAUGCUUACUAUGAAUGAUGCAGAACCCUUCUUUUGAAGUG